CGUAAUGCGUUAUACCUAAAAUUAAUAAUGGAAACAAGUGUAGCAGAAACAUUUAGAAAUGGGAUAGUUUUAAUCACAGGAGGUACUGGAUUUUUGGGAAAAUUACUCACUGAAAAAUUACUCAGAUCUUGUCCUGUCAAAAAAGUCGUUGUACUUGUCAGAAGUAAAAAAGGAUUGGAUGCUAGUCAAAGGGUUGCAAAUAUAUACAAACAAACAUUAUUUGACCGAAUUCGUCAUGAAAAAUCAAAUUUUAUUAA